AUGGUGGGGGUGAUAGUGAGGGUGGUAGUCGUCGUGGCGAUGGGGGGUAAGGGUGGUGGCAGUUGUGGUGGAGGUGGUGGCGGUGGCAGUGAUGGUGAUGGUGAUGAUGUUGGCAAUGGUGGUGGUGACGGUGGGGGUAAUGGUGGCGCUAAUAGUGGAGACGUCGGUGGGUGGUGGUGGAGGAGGAAGUGA